AUGUCAGCUGAGAAUACCAUCACUCUCUACUGCGAAGGCACUCCCAACCCACUCAAGAUCUCUAUUGCACUUGAGGAACUGGGCUUGAAAUACAAUAAAGAGGAGUGGUUUCUUGACAUCAACCCAAACGGUCGUAUCCCAGCCAUCGUCGACUCAGACGAGCAUGGCAACGAACUUAAGAUCUGGGAAAGCGGCGCUAUCUUGCAGUAUCUUGUGGAACGGUAUGACAAGGACCACAAGAUCUCGUAUCCCCGUGGUACCAAAGAGUACUGGCAGAUGACGAGCUGGCUCUUUUGGCAAGUUAGUGGUCUCGGCCCUAUGCAAGGCCAGGCAAACCACUUUGAGAUGUCUGCUUUUGGUGAUUAUCCAUAUGCUCUGAACCGAUACGUCAACGAGACGCGCCGCCUCUACCGAACGAUGGACAAGGCUCUUGCAGAAAAUCCAUCUGGAUAUCUUGUUGGCAAUCAUCUUACCAUCGCCGACAUCGCCAUUUGGCCAUGGACUACCGCAUACAAGUACAGUGGCCUCUCCCAGAUUGACGAGUUCCCUCACGUCAAGAACUGGAUGUACAGGCUCCUUAAGCGUCCUGGUUUUGAGAAAGGACGCAAUGUGCCCAGUCCUCAUAUUUACCUCCAGCUCAAUGAGUUGCCGGACGAAGAGCUGAAGAAGCUGGGAAGGGAGAGAUCGGUUUGGGUUCAGGAAGCUAUGAAGCGUGAUGCUGAGUGA